AGGGCGGCGGCUUAAUUGAUUUGGCUUGACUGACUGACGACUUGCAUCGAAUGGCCUUUGCCUUUGGCACCGCCUGCGUGGACGCAGCCAUGGCCUGAACAAGGGAGCGAGCAACACAAAUCAGACCCCGACACCGUCUCCCUUGCUGCUCAACCUGCAUCAGCCCUUCCCCUCGACACGUGCCCACGCCCCUCCGCGAGGACGCGACUUGCGCCGCCAGAACUUUGUCUUCCAAUUAAGUUGGUAGCCGCAACCGUCGGCGAGCGCGAACGAGUCCGACCACCACCAACGGCUUCCAUCGUCGUGCGGCCAGGCUUACUUGUGCACACUGCUCUCGCACGACGGCCCUCCCGCUCCUCCCGCCCGCCGCAUCGGCAUCGCACCACCAUCAGCCUGUCCUUUCGCCAUGCCGCCCUCGGCCAAGCGAGCCCAGCGUGGCCGCCGCGACCUGCGUCGCGAUAGAGACGCAGCAGCGGAUGCCAAUACUGAUACCCAUGUCGAAGAUUCUUCCCCCAGCCGGCCGGCCAAGCGACGCAGACGAGCCGCCCGUUCUCCCGAACCCGCCGAGCCGGCCAACGAUGCCGACGACCAGCCGCGCAAUGACGACCAUGUCCUCUCCCAAGUCACGCAACAUCUCAAGGGCCAGGCUGUCCAAGCCGCCAAGGAUCACGCCAAUGCCUUCCACGAAUAUCAAGCUAACGGUGACGGUGUGAAGGCGUACGCCAAGGUCGCCGCCCAGGACUGGACCUUCUAUAUCACAAAAUUGUCCGUCAAUAUCGGUCGCGCCCCCGAGACCGGACAUCCCGACGACCCCGACGAUGAGGGACAUGUUCACAUCGAUCUUGGUCCCAGUAAAACGGUCUCCCGGGAACACGCAACCAUCUCAUUCGACUCCAAAGACGAGAAGUGGUUGUUACACGUCAAGGGUCGCAAUGGCGCAAAGGUCGACGGGGAGCCACUAAAGCCCCCCGCCGCCCACGCCCUGACGAGCGGUCAAGUCAUCGAUAUUGGAAAUGUUGAGAUGAUCUUUGUCCUGCCGUCAGAAAUAAGUCCUCUGCACGUUCACCCAUCGUUCCUAGAGCGGUGCGGUCUCAGCCCCGAGACGUCUCAGGUGCCUGCCUCGCGACGGCAGCCCUUGAUCGCACCCGCUCCUCCGGACUACAAGCGUCCUGGCACGCCUCCCUCGGCGCAACGCCGUGGUGCUCCGUCCAGCGUGAAGUCCCCGGCUGUUAGCACUCCUGCGGUCAUGGUGGGAGCUAAUGGUGUGGACCUAAGUCACGACGAUAACCACCAUAUCAAGCCCCAGUUCAGCUACGCGCAAAUGAUCACGCAAGCCAUUCUCAAUGCUCCGGACGGCAAGCUCAACCUGAAUGGCAUCUACACGUACAUCAUGAACAGCUACUCGUAUUAUCGUCACCAGCAAGCGGCAGGCUGGCAGAACUCCAUUCGACACAAUCUUUCUCUGAACAAGUCGUUCGACAAAGUGGCACGCUCUACAGAUGAGCCGGGCAAGGGGAUGAAGUGGCAGAUCGUUCCGGAGGCCAGGGAAGAAAUGAUACGCAACGCGUACAAGAUCGGCCGAGGCGGUCACCGAGGCUCCUCCGCGCCGUCCUCACCCAACCAGUUGAAUUACAUCACGCAAGGACCGAGGGAUAUGGCAUCCAGGGAUCCAGCAUCAGCCCGGAAACGACGAGGCUCGCCACUGGUGUCACCGCCACCGAGAUCUUCGCUCAAGGCAGCGCAGUCUACUCCAGAGCGUGCGCCCGAAAGAGGUGCCGGAAGAUCGUCGGCUUUGACAGCAGACGGCAGUCCAUUGCCUCGACAGAGGAAGGGUGCUUCUGGCACCGCUGCAGGGCCCGACUCAUCCUUCUCGACCUUCAAUCCGCAGUCUCCUACGCUCACGUCGUCGUACCUACAAGAUGAGGGGGCGUCGUUUGUCACGCCCGCGCCGCCCCGAAUCCACCCACGGCUGGCGCCGCCAAGCACGGCGCAGCGCCCGAGCCAGCACAUGCCGACGAGCUCGCCGGCUCCGUUCUGGAAGUACGCUGACAUAGGAAGCACGCCGCUGCGCCCGUCUGCGCAGUACGAACUGAGUCCCUCGAAGUUGGGCGGCGGGUUGCCGCCUCAGAGCAGCAGUCCUCCCCAAGCCAGCAAGUCUCCUCCAAGCAGCCCUUCACGGCCGCCUCAGAGCGGCUCGCAGGAGCGCACGCAACCCGAAGAGCCAGAAGACGAGGGUUUCGACCUCACCAAGGGCUUCCAAAGCAUCGGCUCGUACCACGCUCCUGUGGGGCAGGGUGCCUCAGUCGCGAAUGCCCUGAAGGGGAACUAACUUAGUCACGCAUUCAUUAUGGUGGUACGAGCAAAGGUGGAAUCGGACUUUGGGCGCAGGGUUAAACAAAAACUUCGUGCGAUGUGUUAUACGAAGCAAGGUGGAACAUUCUGGCGGCGGCCAGUUCGGGAGGUGUCUGCUUUGGAAUUUUGGUGUGUUUGAGGCAAUGCAUGAGCUUGUCUCCCCCGGCGCAGGUCGUAUCGUUGUUUCAGUACGGAGCCUCCCUGCACAGAAGUGCAAAGGCUUGGGGUUAAAUGCUAGGUCUAGUUGCACCACAAGCGACACUACAGCGGAUCGCUGUGCGAUGGAAUAUACCGAGCCC